AUGGAGUUACAACAGCUUAAACUCAUCGCAACUGCUGCCUCAAGCAUAAUUUCUAUACCGGAAAGUAAAAAAAAACCACACGAAAACGAAGUACAACCAUGUUGUGCAAAGACAACCACAACUACAUCAAAGAGUUUUGGAGAUGAUGUUUUGGUGAAGGAGAGUUCCAGAUUCAGUUUGACCGUUGUGUUUGGAAGGAGAGAUCUAGAAGAUGCUGUUGCGGUGAGACCGUGGUUUUGUGGUGACGAAGUGCAAAGACAGGAUGCACGAGUAAAAGAGGAAGUUGAGAAUUGUGAGGAGGAAGCAAUUUCGUGGAAAGAGAUAAUGUUGAAGAGUUUUGCACGGAUGGAUAAGGACAUAAGUGAAGUUAUCCACGGGGUGAACAAUAACGUUUUGGUUUUUGACCCGGUUUUUUCAAGUUGCUCGUUCGCAAUUGCAGAAGUCUCAGUCGCUGCCUCGCUGCCUGAAAUGCCGGAAGCCAGCAUCACAAACUACGUGUUGUUGGCAGAGUUUCAUGAGAAGGCGUUCAUAAACAAGGGGUGUAAUUCUUCGUUUGUAGCUCUCCUUCCGAAGGUGGCUGACCCACAAGAGUUAAACGAUUUUAGACCAAUUUCUCUUAUCGGGGUUGUUUACAAAGUGAUUGCAAAGGUUCUUGCCAACCGAAUCAAUCCGACGUUACCUUCUAUUGUCUCCCCGAUGCAAUCUGCUUUUGUGGAAGGCAGGUACAUUCUGGAUGGGCCUCUAAUGGUGAGCGAAAUAAUAUCUUGGGCGAAGAGUGUAAAAAAAGAGAUUUUUAUUUUCAAAGUGGAUUUCCAAAAGGCUUAUGACUCGGUUAGUUGGAAUUUUUUGAUUUCAAAUCUCCGAUCUAUGGGGUUUCCAAAAAAUGGAGGAAAUGGAUAG